AUAAUUUGUGUGACCUACAAACGAUGGCUGCAUCAUUAUUAUGAUCAUUUAAACAUCUCCACGAAAGUAAACAUCGAAAGCAGGACUGGUGUUUUCUGAGAGGAAUUGGUCGAUAUUAACGCCAUUGCAGAUAAAGAGGAAGAUGCAAGCUCAAGUUCUGUCAGCUGUUGUGUAUCGAGUAACCAGGACAAUAAACUAUGGUCACAAAUAUGUUGUUGAUGUUAAAUAUGCAGGUAACGGAGGAGUGUGUGUUUCUGUUGUGAAUUCAAAGGGGACCCGAAAUAUUAAUCCACAAGAUAGUUCUAUUCGCCAUUUUUUCUUUGGUGAGUCCUGCUUGCCUUUCAUGGAUGAGUCUACUGAACGUUUUAUACUUUUGGAUAAAGAAUCAUUGUUUUAUCGUUACAUACAUGAAGAGUAUAAAAUGCAGUUUGAGAGAACAAAAAUAAUUUUUGGAAUGAAAAGCAACGUUUCGAAAGAAUACAGUCCAACCAGAAUAGCUUUGUGCAAUGACAAUGCAAUAUUGAUUUGUCUUUGGAACCAUCAAGUGAACGAGCGUUCUAUGGGUAAAGUUAUCAAGAUAUCUUUUAGAGGUGAAACAUUUUUUGAAUUAGAAACCCAGAAAAAUAAGCCACUCUUUACAUGUCCGAACUACAUAGCAGAAAACGGAAAUGAAGACAUCUGCGUUUCUGAUGUGAACGCCGUGGUCGUUACGGACGCCGGAGGACUUCUAAGAUUUCGAUACAAAGGUCUGUCAGAUGAUCCACAGUUUGAUCCGUACGGUAUCUGUUGUGAUUCACAGAAUAACAUCAUUAUUGCAGACAUGAUGAAAAACAGAAUUCACAUGAUUGACGAGAAUGGUGAGUUUCUUCACUACAUUCAGUACAAAGAUAUGAACAAACCACGAGCUCUCUGCAUAGAUGAAGACGACAACUUGUAUGUCGGAGAAUGGUCGUCUGAGGAAAUCAAAGUACUUUCUCGUCAAUGACUGGAGCCAAAAAAAAAAAGAAAAUUGUUUCUCGAGACUUGUGUGCGGUAAUAAUGUAUAUCAAUAUCUCUUAUUGUAUAUUUUUCAAUGUCGAGGUCUUAAGCUUUUGUGUGCAUUUUUGUUAACAAUUAUUGACUAAAUGAUAGUUUGAACAUGGAAAUUGAUUAAAUUACUUAUAUUGUAUUUUUCGAGCAGUGCUCUGUCUUUCAUUUUUAAAAUGACGAUUCUUUCUUUUUGUACAAUCAUCAUCAAUUG